AAAUGGAUACAUUAUUUGACCUAAUUAUUGUAGGAUUAGGUUCUCAUGGUAGUAAUUGUUUCUCCCACUUUUCUGGCAAAAUGAAGGUACUUGGUAUUGAGCAAUAUGUUUCCCCUCAUACAAAAGGGUCUCACAAUGGUGAAACUAGAAUUGUGAGGGAAAUGGGUUAUUCUGGAGAAUAUGUCGAUAUUGCUAGAAGAUCGCUUGAAUUGUGGUAGAAAUUAUAAGACUCCACGAGUGAGUAAAUUUAUGUGAACUCAGGGGGAAUAUUAUUCGGACACCCUACUGAUAGUCAAUUUAGAGAUUACACAUAAUUUAAUAAUCCAAACCUUCAAUAAUUAAAACAUCAAGAAGUGGAAUCUAGAUUUCCAAUAAAGACAUCUUAAGAGUAAUAAUUUUACUUUGAUAAAUCAGCAGGUUUUGUAAGGCCAGAAUUAGUCAUAUCUAUCUUUAUAAAUUAGGGUAUUUAAAAAGGAGGAAAGGUUAUUAAUAACUGUCGUUAUAUCAAUCACAUAUAUAAGGAUGAUGAGAUUCAUGUUUACACAGAUUUAGGAGUAUUUAGGUCUAAAAAGCUAAUCUUAUCACUCGGAAUGGGAAUAAAGAGACUUUAAAAUUCAUAUUAAUUGGAUGUUGCCAUUUACAAAUAAUAAGUUGUUUUCUUUAAGACUGAUAAUAAGAACUUUGAUAGGUUGCCAGUAUUCAUGAGUGAGAAUAACUCAUAAGAAGUGUAUGGGUUUCCAAGAGUGAAUGGGGAAGUAAAAAUUGGAUUGCAUCAUUUUGGUCCUUCAUUAGAACAUCCUGAUUUAUAUGAUCAAACAAAGAGUGAGCAAGGAACAGUGAAUUAGAUUAGAUAGUUCUUGGUUAAGUAUAUGCCAGAAUUGAAAGAUGCUGCAGUGUCUCGAGUGGAGACAUGUAUUUAUACAAGCACAAGAGAUCAUAAUUUCACAAUAGAUUUCGAUCCCAGAUCCAAGAAUACAAUAAUUUUGAGUGCAUGUUCUGGACGUAUUAACAAUAUUAUAUAUGAUAGAUGGAUUUAAAUUUUGCAUAGUAAUGGGAGAGAUUCUUGAAGAGAUGUUCAACACCGGAGUUCAAAAAUAUAAAUCAUUUUAAUUAAGUAGAUUCUAGAAGCCUAAAUUUUGAAUAUUGAUAACGUAUUAAU